AGAGAAGACAUCAGAAUGGGUGAAUAGUGAAGAAGUUUCAGAAUAGGCAUGCAGCGAUAAGAAGGCCUAAGGUAUGGGUGUUAUCUUCGUACAAAGCAAGUGGUCUUCAAAAGACAAAUCCUUAUCCUGCUCCAACACAAGAAGACGCAAGUACAACACUUUGGACGUCUAGGAUUAAAUCCUCUUAACCAACGGAGGAGAUUAAUCUAUUGGAGAUGCCUAUAAAAAUAGGCAGAAGCAUGAGAUCAAAAGCAAGUCAUUGAGUUCAAAGCAAGUGGUUCAGUCAUUACACUACGCAUAUCCAGCAAAAGAGAAAGUGCUUGAACACUCUGCUUUGACUCAUGCUUCACUAAGCUCUUAGAUUAGAUCAUAAAUUGUCAUAUUUUUAGAGCUUAGAUUUUAGUUGGUAGGCCAGAAAUUCCUUGUAUUUUACAAGUGGUUGUAAACACUUAGGAGAACAGUUGUUCGGAUCCUAUAGUGUGGUUAGAUAGAUAGAGUACCUUUUGAUCCCCACUGGAUCAAUCGAGAAAAGUCUUAAGGACUGAGUAACUUUGAGUGGUGUUAUACUCAUCGUGAAAAACCUUCAAUCUAGGCCAGAGUUGUCAAGGCUAGAUUGGCACUAAUUGUAUUGGGCUGAAUACUUUAGUGGAAAUCCAUCUGAAAUAGGGUGGGACUGGAUGUAGGAGGAUUACACCACCUCUGAACCAGGAUAUAUCGUGUGUUGAUUUACUUUCAUACAUGCAGAAGCACACACCAAACACAUCUCACUAAAGGAUUGUAGUUUGCCAGCAGCAUCCUAAGCAGUAGUCUUCAUCGACUGUACUGCUUAGCCUACUGCUUAAUAACUCACUCUCCUUGAGAGUGUUUUCCACUAGAAGUUAUCUUACACUCAGAAGGUGCCUCAGCAGUACCCUGGUCUUCACCCUCCUGCUGAGCCCACUGCCCAUCCAUAUGUGUCUUUCCGAACGCCAUAACAAGCCAGAACAAAAAGCCAUCCAAGAGUCAUCCUGUUCUUAACAGUUGCCUCAGCAGUAACCUGCUCACCAGUCUACUGCCAAGCCUACUUCCUCUUGUAACCAGUCUAAACAUCAUCUAAACUAGAAAGUUAUCUCACACUAAGUAUAAAGAGGUUAAAGACUUCCGCUGUGCAUCUAUUAAUCUCUUAAAAGAUUAUAGAUCAACUCAUCUAGAGGGAAAACUUCAUAAAGUUGAAAAAGAUUUAAAAGUCUAUUCACCCCCCCCCCUCUAGACUUUUACCUCUAUCCGGGACCAUCAUAUAUGUCUGAAAUUUUCUUGUGGCUCUGUGUUUACCAUUAAGAAUGUGAGGCAUGUCCCUGAUUUGUGUCAUAACUUGUUAUCUGUUGCUGCUUUGGAGAGUAGUGGGUUACAGGGAAAAUGGAGGAAUGGUUGUAUGAAAAUCCUGAAGAACUCGCUUGUUUUGUUUAAAGCUGAGAAGGUGAAUAACCUUUAUGUGUGCCAUGCUAAACCUUUUGCUGAGUCUGUGAAUGUUGUAUGUUCUGAUAAGACUUCUUUGUGGCAUAAUAGGCUAGGACAUAUGAGCAAUAAGGGUUUAGAUGUCAUGCGUAGGGCUGAUUAUUUUGGUAAGGACUCUGUGGAUUCUGUGCCUUUCUGUGAAUCAUGUGUGUUAGGCAAGCAGCAUAGAGUCAGCUUCCCUCCUUCCUCUUACCCUAAUCUGUCUAAGUGUUCUUCUGUGCUUGAAUAUGUUCAUGCCGAUGUUUGGGGUCCUGCCAGUGUUCCUACCCACGGGGGUAGGAAAUAUUUCCUUUCUAUCAUUGAUGAUUUCUCUAGGAAGGUGUGGGUUUGCCUUUUAGAACACAAGUCUGAUGUGUUUGUGAGGUUUAGGGAGUGGAAAACCCUAGUUGAAAACCAAACUGGCAGGAAGGUUAAAACCCUUAGGACUGAUAACGGGUUAGAGUUCUGUAAUAAGGAGAUGGAUAAGCUGUGUGUGGAUUGUGGGAUAAAAGGGCACAAAACUGUGCCUUAUACUCCCCAACAGAAUGGGAUAGCAGAGAGAAUGAAUAGGUCUCUGUUGGAUAAGGUUAGAAGCAUGUUAGCUACCUCUGGUUUGUCUAAGAAAUUCUGGGGUGAAGCAGUUACUACUACUACCUAUUUGGUUAAUAGGUCCCCGUCUGUCCCUCUUGGUGGUAAGUGUCCUGAAGCCGUCUUUACCGGUAAGCCUCUUGAUCUGUCUAACCUUCGGGUGUUUGGUUGUGCAGCGUAUGCACAUCAACAGGGUGACAAGUUGGAUCCUAGGUCUAAGAAAUGUGUCUUCCUAGGUUAUCCAGAGGGGGUAAAGGGUUACAGGUUAUGGGAUAGGAACCAGGUAGGCUUUAAGGUGGUCCUUAGCAUAAAUGUGGUGUUUAAUGAAACUGAUUUUCCUUGCUUGACCAAGUCUGUUUAUAAUCCUGAGUCUAGGUCUGAUAGUACUCCUAGUGAGGUGGAGUCUGUCCCUGUUGCUGCUAGUCCUUUAUCUGUUGAUCCUGUUAUUACUGAUGAUAUUGUUAUGCAUGAUUCUGAUUCCUCUGAGCAUGAUAGUCCCACCACCUCGAGUGAGGUGGAGCAUUUGCAUGAUACUGAGCAUGAUUUGCAUGAUAUGGGUGCUGAAUAUGAUUUUCAUGAUAACAAUAAUUUGCAUGAGUUGCAUGUGGAGCCUAGUAGUGAUAAUUUCCAUGAUUAUCAACUUGCUAGAGAUAGGAGUAGAAGGGCUAUCAGGAGAACUGCUGAUAGUAUGCCUGAUUAUGCUUUCAUUGUGCAUGAUACUUCUAUGUUUGCAUUUUCUGUGUUUGAAUCCCUAGAGCUGAAUGAACCCAAGACCUACCGUGAAGCCUUAGGUUCCAAAGAGUCUCAGAAAUGGAUUAGUGCCAUGAAAAGUGAGAUGGACUCUUUGCGACUGAACCAGACUUGGACCCUUGUACCUAGACCCCCCAACUGUUCGGUAGUUGAGUGUAAGUGGUAGUUUAAGGUUAAGGAAGAACCUAGUGAUGUUAGGUUUAAGGCUAGGUUGGUUGCGAAGGGGUUUACUCAAAAAGAGGGGGUAGAUUAUGCAGAAAUCUUUGCUCCUGUUGUUAAAUUCACCACUAUUCGUAUGAUGCUUGCUUUAGUUGCUCACCAUGAUUGGGAAAUGAAACAGAUGGAUGUAACUACUGCAUUUUUGCAUGGUGAAUUGGACAAAACAAUUUAUAUGACCCAACCUGAGGGCUUUGUGGAUCCCAAGAGAAGUGAGCAUGUCUGUUUGCUUAGGAAGGCAUUGUAUGGCCUGAAGCAAUCCCCUAGGCAGUGGAACAUCAAAUUUGAUAAAUGCAUGAUAUCUUUGAAGUUCCAAAAAUCUGUUUGUGAUCAUUGCCUGUAUUUCAAGAAUACUUCUUCUGUGCCUGUAUUUUUGUUACUCUAUGUGGAUGACAUGCUAAUAAUUAGUCCUUCUCUGAAUGCUAUAAAAGAUGUGCAGAAAUGCCUUAGUGCGAAUUUUGCCAUGAAAGACCUAGGUGAUGCCAAGAGGAUCCUAGGCAUAAACAUUGUUAGGGAUAGGAGUAAGCGUACUCUUACUUUGAAUCAGAUUUCUUACAUUGAAAAGGUUUUGAGUAAAUUCAAUAUGUUAUCUGCUUCUCCUGUUAAUGUCCCUAUGGCAUCUCACUUUGUGUUAAGUAAGGACCAGUCUCCCAAGACUGCUCCUGAAAUUGAGAAAAUGAAAUAUGUGCCUUAUUCCAGUGCAAUAGGGUCGGUGAUGUAUCGUAUGGUUAGCACUAGACCUGAUAUUGCAUAUGAGGUUAGUUGUUUGAGUAGAUAUAUGUCCAACCCUAGUUUGCCCCAUUGGAAUGCUCUUAAGUGGUUCCUUAGAUAUCUGAUUUCUACUGUGAAGCAUGGAUUAAUUUUCUCUAAAUGUGCUAGUGGUAUUGAAUUGAUUGGUUAUGUUGAUUCUAACUAUGCAAAUGAUAGAGAUAACAGGAAGUCGACCACUUCUUAUGUUUUUACUUUGUUUUUACUUUGUGUGGCUCUUGCAUUAGUUGGAAGUCUCAACUACAGCCUAUUGUGGCCCUUUCUACCACUGAGUCCGAGUAUGUUGCAGCCACAGAAGCGUUUAAGGAAGCCAUCUGGCUCAAACGCCUUGUCUCCGAAAUUGGGUUUCUCAAAAUGGGAGUUACCAUUUUCUCGGAUAGCCAAUCGGCUAUCCAACUUUGCAAAAAUCCUGUAUUUCAUGAUAUAACUAAGCAUAUUGAUGUUAGGUUCCAUUUCAUACGUGAUAUUGUUGAUGCAGGUGGAGUCAAGCUGUGCAAGAUCCCGUCCGAGUUUAACCCCGCGGAUAUGGGUACCAAGUGUCAUUCUGAUGAGAAGCACUUGUCCUGUAAACGCGUGUUAAACUUUGACUGUGGAUAACUGUGGGUUGCCUAAUAAAGUGUUUGCCCGUUGUGUCUUUUGAUAUUCCGGGUGACCCGACAAUGAUGAGUCUUGUCACAACUUUGUAUUGUUACUCUACACCACCUAGGACCAAUAUGGUGGAGAAUGUUGGAGGUAUUGGUCCUACCAAGGCCUCCCUUCCACUUUAUUUGUUGAGCCUUGCACACUCUAUUUUACUCUCUCUUGGAUAUCUUUACUUUGGUAUAUAUCCUGAUCAAAUAUAUACCUAUUUGAGUGGUUGACUUACCCACUUGGCUGGCCCCUUUGUUUGCUGUCCGCUGCAACCUCUUUGUCUUGGCUCAUACAUGUGAACUUCCCUUGUUUGAGCAGCAUGUGAGUGUCUUUUGUUUUAACCUCACCCAUGACUUCCUUGGCAGCCUAUUUGUACCCCUUGCUUCUCCCAUUGUGAAGCAGCCUGCGAGAGAGUAACACUUCCAGAGAGCAGAGCUCACUUCUUCUUCCUCCUUUGUGUGAUUGUAGAGAGGUCUUAGUGGAGAGUUGAGAUAUUGUGUGCUAUAGCUUCCUCCUAGAGUGGUGUGUGAGAGUGUGUGUAGAUAGACCUGAUCCGGAGAUGGAAGUAAACGGUCCUUAAGUCCCCCGAGCUAGCGAUCAAAAUGUAGUCCGAAAGGUAGACCUCUACAUUCUCUACAAGAUGAUAAUGGGGCUAGGAGCAAUAGAAGGGAUACCAUUACCCCGAAUAAUUCUCAAGAACAUGAAAGCCGUAGUACGUUCUAAAAGAGGUGACAUGAAUUUUUAUUUUCCUCUUUUACUUACCAUGAUUGUAACACCUCCACAUUUCCCACUCAAAAACACAUUUAAACAAUACAUUAUUUAUUAUCUUUAUUUAAAAACAUCAGAGUUUUUCAGCGGAAAUCAAAAGGGAUAUAGGGGUGCUACCGCCACACUCGGUUACCCUUAACCGAUUGCACAUGCUAAAACAACUUAAACUCAAAAUAAUUGUUCACUACAGGUCUUGAAAUAAAAUUAAACUACAAUUACAUUUUCUCUAGCGGAAGCUCUCUCGAAAUCAACAUCAGCAUCAAAUCUUCACCUAUAAAGAACAAGGUACAGAAAAAAAACACAAAGAAACAAAAAUUAGCCGAAAAUGCUAGUAAGUCUCACUUCACCCAACCCCGUAAAAUAAUAUAAUUUGAUGUAUAUGUAUAGGGAAAACAUUUUGGAGGAAAAAUCUUUUCAAAACACUUUAUGUAAAUCAUAAGUACAACAAUAUUAAUAAAAUAUUCUUGAUAGAAAGUCAAUACCAGGAUACUGGUAUCUUGAGAGAGGUUAGAGCAAUAAGUAAGAGAGGGAAAGUGUGGCUGCAAUAAAUAACCAAUGGUCCAUUACAACCGCUCAAGGGGCGCUAUUUAUACUAGUAAAAAUGCUAGGUGCAUUAAAUGCACGUACACGUGUAAGCUAAUGUAUGGUGGAGAGCCCCCCAGCUGAGGGGGUGCUGGCACGUGGCACCGCAUUUAGUGCGGUGGUCGGGCGUUAGCAGAGAGGAGCUUAUGCCGAGAAAGGAGGCCUUCGGCACCAGGGCCAAAGGCUGUCUGCUGAAGGCCGAUGCUCGAGACCAAAUUUUAGUAGCGCCGUUGGGCCAAAAGUAAUGGCGUUCUUGAGUUUGAGGCUUUCGGCCAAGGUACCGAAGGCCCUCCCUGUGAAAUAUGGGCUUCAUGGAGCUUGGGCCGCCUGGGCUUAUUGGGCCUGUUUGAGGUAGUAGGAGUAUGUGGGCCGGGGGUUCCAUACUUUCCACACUUUUCAAUGAUAAUCAAGGCAAAAACAGGAGCAACUCAACAAAUCUUAUCCACACUUUCCUCUCAAUGUGUAGAAUCAGCACAAAGACAAAGAUACAUGUGUUGCAAUGCUGAUUGAACAUGAUUGAACAUUAAGAGGGAGAUUUUUAGAGAAUAUUUAAGCUGUCCAAUCAUGUUUUAUAUCUCAUUAAGAGGGAGAUUUUUUUAUUAUAUAUAGGUUAAUCUUGUUUUCGGAGCAUUUAGCUAGUUUGUACGCCUAUUGUAGACAGGCCUAACCCUUAGACGUAUAAAGUGUGAAGGCUGGGCUCGUAAACCCUAAGCAAAGUAUCAAAAUGAAUAGAGACAUUCACAUAUUAGCUAGAGUGAGAGAGGAGUCGUACAUUGUAUAAGAAUACUACUCUGUAAUAGCAUAUACCAUUUCAAUAUUCAAUACAAGGUUUCUUCACUUCUCUAAUCGAUUUUAUUCAUGGUUAUAUUUUUGGAAAUGAGACAAACUUUUUCUUCAUUUUUCUUGAUACUAUAGCGUCAGGGUGGAAGCCUGUCAAAGGUGUUACCAUAACUGAUUUGGGGGCGAGGAGAUAUAUGUUACAGUUUUAUCAUGAGAGUGACAUGAUUAGGAUUCUCGAGGAAGGCUCAUGGGUUUAUGACCAAAAUCUUUUUGUGCUUAGUAAACUUGAGGAAGGGGACUUACCUAUGUAUGUUCCCCUAAAUAGAGCUGGUUUAUGGAUAUAGAUUCUUAAUAUAACGGUAGGAUAUUUUACUCUAAACAAAAUUGUAAGGGUUGGUAAUUUUGUGGGGAAACUUAAUUGUUAAUGUAGAUGAGUAUAAUUUUUCUGCUAAAUGAAAAUCAUUCGUGAGAAUUAGAGUUAGUCUGGAUCUAGGAAGAUCACUGAAAAAGAAGCUAUUUCUGCAAAAAGAAGAAGGAAUUAUUUUUUUGUCUUUUCAAUAUGAGAAAUUACCCAACCUUUGCUUCUUGCAUGGAAUUAUUGGGCAUGCUAAGAAGUACUGUUCUUAUAAUUCUGGAGGUAGUGUGUCAAGUGGAAAAAACCUUUUGGGUCACGGCUCAGAGCCACAAAAAGGAGAACACGGGUUGGAUAUAACAAGUGAGCAGUCCCGUAUGGUAAAGGUCUGAACAAAGGCAGGGAUGAGGCCACAGCCAGUACAGCUCACGAAGGACAAGGUGGUAUGUAUGAGGGAAAAGAGUUGGCAACAACAGGAGACAAAACAGAGCAAAAACGUAGAAGAAUAAAACAUGAAGCAUGUGAGUUUUAUAGCCAUGGCAUGGAUGCGGAACCAAGUGGGACAAAAAAUAGGAAGGAGGUGAGCUGCAGCUCCGUGGCUCGCCUAGCACAAAUUUGAAGGCCUUGCAGGCACACCACGAAAAGGAUGGAGAGGGGGAGCUCCAUCCGUUUAUGUUUUUGCAGUCUGUUAUAUUUAGUUUGAGUUUUUUUAUUCAAGUACUAUGUGGUUAUCGUUAUUGUUGACUUUAGGGGGAAGUAGGACUACAUUUUAGUUUUAUUUUGCUAAUUAGUAAUUGGUAUAGAGGCACUAAGGCUAUUUUUGCCGAUAAUAACUUUGAAACUCUCGCAUGUUCAUUGAUCAAUCUCUCAUUUUUGGAUGGUUUAUUCAAUGUUUGGUCGAGUAGUGAGGGGCAUGUUGGCU